CAAUAAAAAAAGCCAGUUCCAGUUGCAAAAAGUUCAUGGAUUAGCAGCAACUGGAACGUUAUGUUACAAGCCAAGAUCUCUGGCUCUGAGCCGGAGCAGCAGCAGCAGCAACCCACUCCACCGGCCCCGCAUAUGCGAUAAUUGAUUUUCCCGUACAUAAUUUAUGACGCACGAAACUGACAGCUGACUUUUAGAUUAAAAACUGCCACUGACCAGCGGCAAUAAAUCUUCAUCAUGUUUACUGCCUGCCAAGUUGCGUUCUUCGCUGGAUGCCUCGCUUUGGCUUUGAGCUGCGUCCAGGCUCAGUUUUUCUACCAUCAGGCAUUGGGUCUGCCUUCGACACACUCGUUUGAGCCGGCAAAUCCGUAUCAGGGAUAUGCCACGGCCGAUGCCCACCCCUCAGUGGUGCGCAACGCUCAAUGGGAGUCGGAGCUUCCUGCCGAGCUGUCCAAGAGUGCGCGAUUCUACAAUGAUCCUGUCGUAGCCGCCAAUCUGGCCAAGGCGUCGCUCCUCACCACAAAGGAAAUGGCUGUAGUGCAUCGCGAGGCGGAGAAAAUUCCACGGGAUCAGGUCUAUAAACUAUUCAAAAACGCCGGCUGGCUGAGUCGCAGAUAGAAAUGAGAAGCAAAAUCUGCUGAGAAGAAUGGACUUCCAUUUCCCACGUACCUUGUUGUAUUUUUGUAUUUUUUUUUUUUUUUUGUGUAAUUUGUAUAUUAGUUUGUAAAUUGUUAAUAUAUUGUACAUGCAUACAUGCAGAUUAAACAUUCUUGUAAUAAGAUAGACAGUGGUCAUUGAA